UACCUUUAAACAAUAUCCAUUAAACUUUUAUACAAACUGUCGAAUCUUACUAGUAACUGACUAAAACACACAUCAACAUAUCAAACCGACUUUAGCAGUCAGGAACACUCUGACAUCGCAAGUGAAACUUUAUACCAAACAAGGGUGGAGUACGUAACAGCCGUCUAGAAAGUUGUGUCGGCCGCUGAAACUAACAGUAGCCGAGUCACUGAUUGAUUACCCUGUGCACGCUGCAUAUUGUGGAUAAGUCAGAACUGCACCGCUCAGGACGUCUGUUGGAUCUAUUUCACGAUGAGGGACUGUUUGGUGUUCAUGCUUGUGGUGCUGGUGCUGGCCCUUAGUAUUCAGUCAUCGGAAGCAGAAAAGAAAACAGGUGGCCAGAAAAGUCGCAAAUGUGGCACAAAACGGUGUCGAGCAGGACAGCAGUGUUCCACACAGCCUGACGGACAGAAAACUUGCAUUUGCCGCAAAGUUUGUAGUCAGAAAAAAUUUCUUAUGUGCGGAAGUGAUGGCCGCACUUACUACAACAAGUGUGAACUGCACAGAAUCGCCUGUGUUGAAGGACGCAAACUUAAAAUUAAGCACAAAGGAGCUUGUCCAAGUAAUAACGACGUUCCUGUGAACGAUGUUGAGAAGAAGUCCGGGAAACAGAAUCUCCCCCUGGUGUGCUACCAGGUGGAGAGAGAUGAACUGCGGCAGCUGCUCGUGGACUGGAUCAAGCGAAGAGUGGUGACCGAAGGUAGAACAUACAAGGCCACGGUGAACCAGAUGUUCCUAGAGUGUGACCAGGACAAGAACAGCGUUCUGGAUGCUGAUGAGAUGCUCCAGUGUAUGGAGAAGGAGGGGACAGACGUCAAGGACACUGACGCACACAUUCUCAGAGGUCUAUGUAUUGAUGCCCUGAUCAGCACUGCAUCCGUCAAACACAACUGGGUCCUGACUAAACCAGAGCUGCAGCACCUGCUAGAGCCAAACUUUGUAGCCCCCUCAAAAGAAUGUCAGCUGGAGGACAAGAAGUACAGGGAUGGAGCUGAGACCCAGGUCGACUGUAAUGUGUGCGUGUGUGCAUGCGGAGACUGGGUGUGUACAGGGGCGCCGUGUGGGAAGGACAAGAGAAACCAAGGGGUUCCAGGGCCAGUGCACAGUGGCCGUCUGCCCACACAGGAGCAGAGGGAGAGAUUUCUGCGAGGGUUCAAGGCUGCCAAGGAGGUGUACGUCCGCGCUGUGCAGGAUCAGGUAGCCAACAAGCAACACUCACGGGACAUCGCCCAGCAGCUGGACGGCUUGAACAAGAAGGACACUCCACACUAGGGGCUGGAUGAACCGCUGACAAUCUGGCCACAAUCCGGAUGCCGGAUAUUACGACAUCAGCAAUUUCCAUCUGAAACCAGAGGCUGAACAUACCACCAAUAUUUACCAGGUUAAUCACAGUUACUCGUUGAUAUAAGUUAUAACAACAUGUACCUCGGAAUCAUUACGAUUCUGUACUAGGUCAACUUUCACUCAUCUCCAGCAUGUACAUGUUUCAGUGGUUUGUAUAUUUGGAUGUUUAUGCUGAUGACUUGUUCUUCGAUGUUGUUUAAUUAUCAUUGUUAACUGUUGUUUACUGUCCAUUUGGUAUGUGAAAUGUGACACUUUAUUCAUCUUAUUUCAUGAUGACCUUGUUUAAAGUUACAAAAGCUAUAAAUCUGUGUUACAUAUUUGUGACAAGCCCACAAUAUUAACGGGAAGGAAUAGUUUGAAUUUGAAUUUUGCAUUCCAUUAUAAACUUUAAAUCUUGCAAAUAUAAAAUACAUACAUGAUUGAUCUCUGUAGGUUUCUGAGUCCCGUGACGGGUGUCAAACCAUGGACCUUCUUAUCCAUGGUGGGAUGCUUUGUGCGCAUGACCAAAGAUGUUUACUUAUCAGCUAGUCUGUCUCCCAGACCCUAGAGAAUAAAUAUAAAAAGUCCAACUCAUGUCCAGAAUGAUUUGGCAAGUCUAGAAAUCAAGGAUUGUUUGGGCUCCAUGUGGAUUUUAUUUUUUAAGAUGUCAUCCGUGUGAUGACUCCAUGCCUGCUGCAUACAUAAUGAUUUAAAGUUUUAAGUUUAUCUCUGAAUGUUUCUCACUUUCUAGAGAUCACAGACACUGCUUAUUAUUCUUAUUCGUCUGUUAACAUGGUUAACAGAUCGUUAGGCAGGUAAUUUCAACUGUAGGUCAGUGCACAAUUACUGCACAACUGCAAAUAAUCAUUUGUUAUUACAGGAAGUUGUCAUAUGAAAAAAGGAAUUCCAGAAUGCAUGUUUGUGUCAUGUGAUACUUAAGGUCUGGAAGCCUUAGGUAUAGUGCUUGAUGACAACCUCUUAAUUAAUACACAGGGUAGUUAUUCUGCUAAAUAUCAGGUGCCUAUAUCAUAUAUAUUGGCCCAUGACAAUAGAUGUUUUAUAUCCUGCAUGUGUAAUGUGUAUAUUCAUGUGGUGCAUAUAUAUGUGUACCAUCUUAUUUAUUCUUCAAUUUUACAAGUAUUCUAUUCAGAUCUGAUUCUAUGUAGUUUUAUUUACUACCCAAACACUUACAAAAUUGUAAAUAAAUAGUUUUUACUAUUUUGCUUAAUUCUGUUGUCAAGUUCAUGUGUUCAGGGAUAGGAAUUUUCUAUGCUCAGACAUCAUUGAUUACUUGUUUGUCAGAAUUACUGGGGUAGGUUAGUUGUUAAAGGGUUCACUUGUCAUGCGGCAAACCCGGGUUCGAUGCCCCACAUGGGUACAAUGUGUGAAACCCAUUCUGGUGUCCCUUGAUGUAAUAUUGCUGGAAUAUUGCUAAAAACGGCGUAAAACUAUGCUCACUCACUCACUCACUCACUCACUCACUCACUCAGAACUACUGUCAGGACUGAAGACUCGGGGGCAGAAACAAAAUGGCAGUAAGAGUGCAGUUUGUGUUUCUGCUGGCUCGAGGUGGCCUACUUCUUAUUAUAUGAAUUCAUAUUUCAUAUUUCACAUCUUAUUCAUAUUUAUUAACUUGGUUCACGGAUUGCAGAAAUAUGGAAAUUAGUAUUUCAAAAAUUGUUUUAUUUUCUGCCAAUUCUGCCGAUUUCUUAAAGGAAAAAGUGAACAUAAACAUGAUUUUCAAAAAUGAGACAUUACUUUCACAAAGGUUUGAAUUAAUUGAAAACAGUAAGUUUUCUUCCUGUUGAAUUUCAGUAAUGUAAAACCCUCUAGAUUUGAUAAAAAUGGUUAGAACUUUACUGUUGUUCAUACAAAAUAACCAACCAAGCAGCAUCUUUUUUGUUUUAGAUGAUUUUAUGAGAGAUAAACUGCAAUGUUUUUGCAAGUUUAUUUUAUUCUCAUUUUGACCAGUAUUCCCACAAGUUACAUUUUACUUUUGCAAGAUUUGUAAGCCGAUUGAUCAAACAAAAAGUUGGCAAAAAUAUUGCAAAAAUGGCCCCCAGAAUAUUCUGAACAAGUAAUUGAGAUAGCUUGGGUUGAAACAACUUUAAAACACAUGUGAAUGUAGCAGUUCUGUUUGUCGAGAUAUUUGUUUUAAUUUGGUUACAUUUUAACAAAAUGCAUGUGUUCUUAUAGUCAUAUUUAAUUCCAUUGUAUGCUAAAGCUUGAUGUAUUUACAAUUUUUCCAAAUAAAAGUAGUUGAUAAAA